CUUUGUGAAUCUCAAAAGCAUCAUAUCCUCUGAAGCUGAAGGUCUUGCUGAAAAUGGCAGAAGAUUUGAUUUUGUUGGAUGACUGGCUCAGUAUGUUUGGCAUGAGAGCAAGGAUAGCACUGGCUGAAAAAGAGAUCAAGUAUGAGUACAGGGAAGAGGAUCUAACGAACAAAAGUCAAUUGCUUUUGGAAAUGAACCCAAUUCACAAGAAGAUCCCAGUUCUCAUCCAUAAUGGAAAACCCAUUUGUGAGUCCAUCAUAAUUGUUGAGUAUAUUGAUGAGGUUUGGAAGGAGAAAGCUCCUUUGCUACCCUCAGACCCUUAUGAGAGGGCUCAAGCUAGGUUCUGGGCUGAUUUUGUCAACAAGAAGGUUGGUGAUGUUGGGGGAAGGAUAUGGGGUGGAAAGAGAGAUGGAAUUGAAGAGGCAAAGAAGGAGUUAGUGGAGGGGUUGAAAGAAUUGGAGAAGGUUCUUGGAGACAAGCCUUAUUUUGGGGGUGACACAUUUGGGUUUGUUGACAUUGCUCUAAUCCCUUUUCAUAGCUGGUUUUAUACUUAUGAAGCACUUGGCAACUUCAAAGUGGAGGCAGAGUGUCCUAAGCUAAUUGCUUGGGCAAAGAGGUGCAACCAGAGGGAGAGUGUUUCCAAAUCUGUUGCUGAUGAGAAGGAUGUCUAUGACUUUGUUGUUAACUAUAGAAAGAGCCUUAAGUUAGACUGAAAAGGCACUUUGUGUAAUUUGAAUCUUCCUUUGAUGAUGACUAUGGGUUUGCAUCUACAAUAAUUUCUGUUUGUGCUUGAAAAUUAA